AUGGAAUUUCCAACUCAAGGGAAUCAAUGUUCAUUUAAUACUUGCAAACAACUUGAUUCUCAUCAAUGUUCACAUUGGGAAAUUGACAAAAAGAACGCAGAAGUAUGCUUGAAAUGUUCCAGAAUGAUUCUAAUUCCACAAGGCAAAUCUAACAAAGAAAUUUUAGAGGAGCAUCACUCAUCAAUCUGUACUCUGCAUCUACUUUCUACUUCUGAAUUAUUAUCCAAACAACAAUGCAAACUCAUUGAAUGUACUAACAAUGGUGAUGGUUCAUUGGUUUAUGUGAUUUGUGAUGGAUGUGGAAAUAAUUUUUGUUUAAAUGGUGUUAGUAAUUCAAUAACAAAAAAGAAGGGUAAUAAAAAGGUUGAAUUAAUGUUAAUGAAAUCUAAAGCCCAAGGUAAUUCCUCAAUACCAAUGACAGAUAGAUUAUAUCUUUUGGUUAAUUUUCCAAGUGAUUCGAAUUUAGCUUCAAAGCCUUUAUUCUUCAAUAAGGAUUGGUCAGUUGGAAAAGUUCUUGAUCAGAUUGCAAUAAUUGGUAAAAUCAAUAAUAACAACAAUCAUAUUUCAAUGAAUGAUCCAAAAAUUGGUGUUAAUAAACAAAAAAUCAAAUUUAACCUUAGAAUCAAACAAAAAAUUAGAAAAUGUUGUUGA